AUGUCUCGAAACAGCGAAUCCGGCUACUCUUCAGACGAAAACGUCAUCUCUCCCCAAGAGCAAAUCGCCAAAGAUCAGCGACGAUUCUCGAAGACUUACGAUGUCGAGGAAGAAAUGAUGCGCUCUGCUAACGGAAUCCUUUACACUGGCAAGCACAUCUCUUCUGAAACUCCAGUCGUCAUCAAGCAGAUUCCUCGAGGAAAGAUCUCCCAGUUCAAGCAAGUUCAAGAACGAGCUGUCCCCAGCGAAAUCUACUACCAUUUCAAAGCGGCUCAAGCAUCCGAGUUUGUCGUACAGCCUUUUGACUGGUACGAGCGACGAUCUUCCUUCGUCCUUGUUAUGGAGAGACUCGACGGCUUCAUCGACCUCUUCGAAUUCUCUAAGAAACACGGUGCUAUCAACGAAGAAGCAGUCCGAAUCAUCGCCGGCCAAUUGAUCACCUGUUGCAUGGAGCUCUCCCGUGCCGGCAUCUGCCACCGCGACAUCAAAGACGAGAACAUCCUCAUCCACCCAGAGACUCUCGAAAUCCGCCUCAUCGACUUCGGAUGCGCCAGCCGAGAAGACAACUGCUACACCACCGCCCGCGGAACCCCCUCUUACUGGCCGAUCGAAUACUUCCAGAACCGACUUCUCAGCGCCGGGCCACUCACUGUCUGGAGCAUUGGAGCAGUCAUUUACAUCCUUCUCACUGGAAACUGGGAAACAGACCAGACCGGGCUUAUGCGACGAAACUUCCUCGCUGAGCGGACUCUUAACAAAUACACUGUCGCCCUUCUCGACCGAAUCUUCUGCCCAGACCCGAUGAGCAGAAUUACAAUGGAGGAACUACUCAAUUGUGGAUGGUGCUGA